AUGGCUCCCAAAAAGAACACCGCCGCCUCCACUACUGCUGCUGCCGCAACAUCGACAGAGAAGCAAACAGUUACCCCGACCGCUCCCUCGGCCGCCGCGAAGCGCUCCCCAACGACCAAGUCCGGCGCCACCAGCUGGGACGUAGUCUUCCAGAACAUCUACACGCACUACCUCAAGGAGACGACGCAGCGCACCAAGCUGAUCGACGUCUUCCUCGCCUUCCUCGUCGUGGUCGGCGCCCUGCAGUUUGCCUACUGUGUCCUUGCCGGCAACUACCCCUUCAACGCUUUCCUAUCUGGGUUCUCCGCCACUGUCGGUCAGUUCGUCCUAGCCAUCUCCCUCCGUAUCCAAACAGCCACGACCGACAAGAACGAAUUUCCUUCCGUUUCUCCAGAAAGAGCCUUUGCCGAUUUCAUUGUUUGCAGCUUGAUUCUGCACUUCUUUUGCAUCAACUUUAUCAACUAA